AUGCUGGGGGUAGGUGCAGCGCGGCAGGAGUGUGCCACGGGGCAAGACUGCCACGUGUUCGUGGGAGCCCCGCAAAUUUUGACAACGCUGCCGCAACUGGCCCAAGCACCCUUCGAUUGGUACAGCUAUACGGGACGUUUUGAUGCCUCGGGCCAGCUGCAAGACCUCUCUCCCGGUCCGGCCAACCUGGACACCGCAAGCGAAUGGCCCGCGUCAGUGCCCAACUUGCCCCGAGCAACCGACCAUGUUGCUGCCGCCCACGUGGCCCAACUGGCAAGGCCCCCUGGCCAGCGCCAACUUGGUGCAGAUGAGACGGUCGACGAUGACGCUGAUGGCGAGAUGGCAGAUGAUGCAACCUGCACGACCUACCUCGGCGUCUCGCGAGUCGCCCGCCUCGCACAGGAUCAUUCGCUUUCGCAAGAGGCAGCUGAAUCCCUGCGAGCCGCCCGCUCCUGGUCCACGCUCCCCUCUGAGGCCAGCAGCGAGCUCGUGCGUGACACGCCGACCCUCGUGGAUGAAGCCUGCACCCGCCCCACGUCCUCAUCACACGCGGACAGAGCUGAUCAAGAUCCCAUCGAGUCAUCCCACGGAUCGUUGCCAAGUCUCCCGACCUGGCCAGCUUCCCUGCCACCUGCCUUGACCCAUGAUCCGGAGAGAGCACCUGGCCCGCCAGCCAAGCACCCGCAUCGCACAAAUAUUCCCGACUUGCGCGUUUGGCGUCACAAUCGCCAGUGCGACCCCCGUUCCCUGCGUGCGGCUACACUUGGCCCCGAGCUGCUACCUUUUUCCCAAUGGCAGUAG